CUUGGGGUAUUGUCUACAGACCGCAAGGAGAGAUGGUGAGCUGCCGGAACAAGGAGGAGUGAGGGCCUAAAAAAGAGUUUGGGUGCGGACCAUGUUCUCUGCGUGCCAUGGCCCGCUCCCUCAUCAAGUCUUGCGGGACCCCAUCAGGACCAGUGUUCCGCCGCGCGCGCGUGAGUGUUCGCCCCGUCGAAGGCGCCAGAGCGCAUGCCCAGAGCAGCGGGCAUUGUCACGUGCGUCCCCCUCGCGCGGAUUGGCCCCCUGCUAGAGAGCUCCAGGGGGAUUGGCUAGAACGGUCGGGGCGGUGGCUGCGGCUCGCGGAGAGAGGCUGCGUUGGCUCGGCGGCUGUGGGAAAGAGAGCAGGUGGGUCCCGGCGGCCCCCGCCCCUUACUGGCCCCGGCCCGCCCUCGGCCACCGAUCCCGGGCCCUCGGGAGCUGCCCCUCUCUCCUGGCCCGAGGCGGGUGGGAGUCGGCGCGCCUGGAGCCUCGGUGGCCCCGCCCCCAGGCCACCCGAGCCAGCCCGCAGCCCCUCUCGGAUGGAGGUCCUUGACGAGUUCGACAGCGAGUUCUCCCAGAGCGUGACCUUCUGCCAGCUCAUCUCCGAGGAGGACUUCGAGAGGCAGGCGGCCACCUACACGGAGCGCGCGCUGCGCCGCCUCUUUCGCAGCAUCGACCGCAACCCCGCGCUGGCCGAGAGGGUGGUGCGCAAGGGCAAGCUGGCCGAGUACGAGGGGCGCGGGCUCCUCUCCUUCCUCUGGGCGAAGUUUUUCUGUGCAGUCCAGGGGGAGCUGAAUUGUUGCAACAGCAUGGGUGCCCUGGAAAUGCACCAGCGCCUGGAACAGCUGAAGAGGAGCAUCCACCGCGUGCACCUAUACUCCCAGGAUGCCAAGAAGAAGAGAAGAAAGCCAAAACUGAAGAAACCAGAACCCAUCCUUUUGCAAGACCGGUCCACCUCCCCAUGCCUGCCACCAACCGUGCUGCCACCUCCACCACUUCCAUCCACUGCUACUACCGUGGCCUCCAUGGUGGCCUCAUCACCCCCUGUCUACACUAUGCCUAGGGUCUUUGGCCCCUUCCCUCCUCUGCCCAGCAAGUCGAUGGAGAAGUUGGAAGUUACAAGGUCCGAAGUGAAAUUAAACUGGGCUGGCCUGUCAUCGAACCGAAAGAGCCACAUGGUUGAUCUGACCCCCUUGGUCCUCAACCCCGGAGGCUUCCAUUUCUCGUACUUGGCUGGAAACAGUGCACAUCAGCUUCAUUGCCCUGGCUACCCCUGGGUUUCAUAAUCACCAACAUUGCUGUGAUGAACAGCGUGGAACAAAACAUCCAUGGGAGAGCAUUCUGGAAGUAGAAAUGUAUUGAAGGCCAUCCCACAGCCUUAAGUUUUGUCAUGCGUACUUCUGAUGGCUCUGUGUGCCGGUAUCCCACCUCAUGGACAUGUGUUGGCUAU